ACGGACUGAGCUCGUCGGCAGCGACAAGCUAUCUGGACUCUGGAACGCUCUAUUCGAAGGAAAUAUCAUGGCCAAUCGCUCCUGCGCCGACUUGCGUUGCCUAUCUGAUAACCACGGGACCAAGGCGGAAUACUCGGACUAGUCUGCAUGUCUGCUAUUACUAGCAGGCCCUGCUGCACCCAACUCUCCCCGCCAUGAACCAGGUCCCCAUCGUUGACUUUUCCGCGUUCGCCAGGGACGACGCGAGCCCCGACGACCGCGCGCGCACCGCCCACGAGCUCGUCGACGCCUUCACCAACGUCGGCUUCGUCUACCUCUGCGGCCACGGCGUCGACGACGACCUCGUCAAUGAGUCCUUCAACUGGAGCGCGAAACUCUUCGCCCUGCCGUACGAGACCAAGAUGCGCGCGCCGCACCCGCCCGACGGCGCGUACCACCGCGGCUACUCGGGCGUCGGCAAGGAAAAGGUCGGCCAGGUCGACCCUACCAAGCAAAAGGGCGUCUCCACCUCGCGCAAGGUCCCCGACGUCAAGGAGAGCUUCGAGAUCGGCAACGAGCGCGACACCCGGCUACCGAAUAUCUGGCUGCCCGAAGACGCCCUUCCCGGCUUCCGCGCCUUCAUGACCCGCUUCUACGCGCGCAUGAGCACGCUCAGCGCGCAGCUGCUCACUGCGCUCGCGGCGGGCCUGCGCCUCCCCGACGCAGACAUGCUCCGCGCCGCGCACGCGCAGGAGCGCUACCAGCUGCGCCUCCUGCACUACCCGCCCGUGCCCGUCAGCGAGCUGCGCGCCGGCCUGAAGGAGCGCAUCGCCGCGCACACCGAUUUCGGCACGUUCACGUUGCUGUUCCAAGACUCUGUCGGCGGCCUCGAAGUCGCCUCACCCACCAACCCCGCGCACUUCCUCCCCGUGCCCCCACUCCCGGGCACCCUCGUCGUCAACGUCGGCGACAUGCUCCAGCGCUGGACGAACGACCGCUUCCGCUCGACGAUGCACCGCGUGCGCGCGCCCCCGCCUGCCACGCACGAGCCCGCGCUCACCCGCGCGCGAUACAGCAUCCCCUUCUUCGUCAGCGCGGACGACGGCACGGUCGUCAAGUGCCUCCCCGGGUGCGAGGGCGAGGGCGGGCCCAAGUACGAGCCGGUGGAUAGUCGCGAGUGGAUUAAUGCGCGGUUGAGGGCGACGUAUUGA